UCAAAGGACGUGCUCCCUUCAUUGUGACCACAUGAAGGGACAGCUAGCUUCUUCCAGCAGCGAGGGGACGGACGCUGCAGCAUUUUGAUGUUCUCCACAGUGAACUGACGCAGCUAAAAGACUUUUGAGGAACUGAUCUGAUAUAUUCAGCUUAUCUCAGCAUAGAGCUCGUAUGCUGGCUGCUUCUCCCUGUGAUGCUGGUUAUGAGUUGUGCGUCCACCACCAAUGAGCCAGAGAGCUGCAGCAGCAGCGAGGGGAGCAGCUGCACCACUUCCUCCAUCACCACCUCCGACCCGCCCUCUAUGUCCGGACACACUCACAUCACGCCGCCGUCCCUCAGCGAUGCCCCCAGACAUGAAGCUCCCCCGCCUCCUCCCCUGCCGCCCCCGCCUCCAGGUGCACCCCCGCCACCUCCGCCCCUUACCUCCACCAACCACAACGCCAGGAAGAAGCGCCGCGUCCGCAGCUUCUUCUGGAAGCCGAUACCGGAGGAGAAGGUGCGCGGGAAGCCCAACAUCUGGACGAUGGCGGUGCGGCAGCAGCAGUACCAGAUAGACGUUCGCUCCGUGGAGGAGCUGUUCGGCCAGCAGGAGGAGGCGCUGACGGGCCUGCGGGGGGCCACGCCGGCCGCCGGGACCUCGGCUCGGGUCUCCAGGUCUCGCUCCUUCAAGGAGAUCAGACAGGACGAGAUCAGCAUCCUGGACUCCAAGAGAGGGAUGAAUGUGGGCAUCUUCCUGAAGCAGUUCAAGAAGUCGAACCGCUCCAUUGUGGAGGACAUACGACGCGGAGAAGGAAAGAUUUACGGAGCGGAGCUGCUCAGAGACCUGCUGAAGCUCCUGCCCGACGUGGAGGAGGUGAAGAAGCUCCAGGCGUUUAAAGGAGACCCAGACAAGCUGACACUGGUGGAUUCCUUUAUGUACCUGCUGAUCCAGGUGCCUCGGUUCGAGGUUCGUAUCGAGGCCAUCGUCCUCCGCGAAGAGUUCUUCCCUUCCUGUGCUGUAAUGAGCCGUGAGAUCGAUGUCGUCCGCGUCGCAACUAAAGAGCUGAUGAGCUGCGAGGAACUUCAUGCCAUCCUGCAUCUGGUGCUGCAGGCCGGAAACAUCAUGAACGCUGGCGGCUACGCCGGCAACGCUGUGGGCUUCAAGCUGUCGUCCCUCCUCUCAUUAGCCGACACCAAGGCCAACAAGCCGGGGAUGAACCUGCUGCACUUUGUCGCCAUGGAGGCAAAGAAAAAAGACGAGAACCUGCUCAAGUUUCCGGAGAGACUUCAGGAUGUGCAGAGUGCAUCCAGAAUCUCAGUGGAAAACAUCGAGGUGGAGUUUUCCUCCUUAUAUGUUCGCAUUAGAACCCUGGAGGAGAAAGUUCAAGGAGACCAGGAGCUGCUGCAGCAGCUGGAGCCCUUCCUGCAGAGUUCAGCACGGACACUUCAGGACCUGAAGAGGCGCAGGCUGGAUCUGCGUAAAGAGGGGAACGCUCUCAUUGAUUUCUUCUGUGAGGACAAGGACACCUUUAAGCUGGACGAGUGCUUCCGCAUCUUUCAAGACUUCUGCAUCAAGUUCAAGAAAGCCGUCAAGGACAACACGGACCGCGAGUUAAAGGAAGCAGCCAGACAGCGUCGCCUGCGAGAGCUGGAGGAGAAGCGGUUCGCCUGGUCGGGUGCCGAUCAGAGUGGAGGAUUCGGUCGCAGCAGCAGCGAGAACGAUGUGGAGAUGCUGACGAAGGAAGGCCUGCUGGACUUCUUCCAGCAGAGGUCCCAGAGUCCACACAGCCCGCUGGGACGCUCCGCCAGCGCCCGCCGCCACCGCCACACCAUGACCUCCAUUGCAGACCGAGAACUCCAAGGAUACCUGGAGCUGUUUGGUGGCACGGGGACUCCCACGGACUACUCCAAGUUCAACAGCCUACCUCGGUCGGGCCGCGCCGCGCAGCGGAGGACGACUCCCUGGAUCUUAGCUCAGGACGACAACCGCGAGCUGGGCUGCGACAGACAGGUGACGUCUCCACGUGCAGAUACUGAGCCGAUCAGCCCGCUGGCCAGGUUCUCCUCCUCGGGGCUGAAUGAUAACGACCCAUACAACAACAAUAACUACUCCUCUGUGUCGGAGGGCAGCACUCUGCCUCGUCCUUUUUGUGUUUUUCAGAAGCCAGCCCUCCUUCCCAACCCAACUGUUAGCAGCCACAUGAAUGUCAGCGUGGAGAAGCACACUUUAGUCCGUGGCCCUCAAGGUUUCGACCUACCGAGUCCAAACAAUAACAGUAAUCAUAUGAACUUUGUCAACCAGGGGGAUGUGGUGGUGACGGAUUUGGAAAAGGAGAGACUUCCUAUAAAUCUGGACCUCCUUCUACAUGAUAAUAUUUUAGAAAGAGGAGCGGAUCCCAAAGAAGCUUGGAGAGCUAAAAUAGAUCCUCCCACACAGGUUUCUCCUGAGAGAGAGAAAGAAGAGGAGGACAACAGCACAGUUUCAUCAACAACCUGUGACACACCGCUCCCUCUAGAUACCUACGUAUCCAAUAAGAAACCAGCGUUUUAUAUCCUAGACUGCACAGAAGCAGACUGCUCCGUCACUUCAGAUUAUUCGGAGGCUGAAAGCUCGUCUCUAGCGAAAGAUGGACUUCAUUUCAGAACAACUGACUGCAGGCGAUCCGAUCAGGAGAGCCAACAGGACCAGAGCUCUCUGUCCUCUAACUUGGAGUCCCCCAACGACCAGUCCGUUUCCACCAACGAGCUUUCAGUGCCAAAGUCUGUGGACGCGGCAUCCAUGACCCCGUCUGGGACCACGGAGGAGUGGGACACGGAGAGCUGUGACACCGCCGAGGGGAAACAAAGUGCGGAGAAAGAUGCACAGAAAAACAACAGGAAAGCGGCGCACACAAAGAGCAAAGCUACCAAAGCGAUGAAGGGCAGCGGAGGUCGUGGCGUGCGAACGCUGACCAGCAGCGAGACCCAGGGCAUGAGGAAAGUGGUGCCCAUUAGCAAGCUUACACGGACAGGCAGCAGCAAGAAGGCGGAGAAAGCUUCGACUCAGGACGGCGGAGAGGCGCACCGGCCUCUUCGAGACCAGAGCACCCCGGCGAGAGGAAGGAGCGAGAAGACUACGAGACCUCCUCGACACUCCAGUCUGCCUCCAGAUGAGUCUAAAGCUCAGAGGGCGAGCAGCCUCACGGCCGGCGUUCCGAGAUGGGCCCGCGAUUCGACCCCGAGGAAAGGUUCCAUCCACAAGCCGAGCGCCAAACCCCUGAGGAACAUCCCCAAACCUGCUCCUGAGGAGAAGAUGUGUCGCUCCACCAUGAGGGCGCUGGCCCAAGCCCAAGCUCAGGCUCAGGCUCAGGUCCAGGGACCGGCGUCCUCCGAGACCAGCAGCUGUCACACGCACAGCGCCAAAAACACCUCCGAUGUCCCCAGUUUUGCCCGCAACACGGUAGCUUCCCAGUCCAGGACCAAGAAGGAGCUGGCGGCGCCGUCCGUCCCCUCCACCCCGUCUCGCAGCCCCUCGCUGUUAGGCAGACAAACGCCGGUGAAGCAGAACAGGUUGGCGCCCACAGUUGAAACCACGGAGGAGCGCCCACAAGGGACAAACCUGCGACGGGUGCAAAGCGUGAAAGCAGCCAGUCGCAGCGCGUACCGCAGCGAGACUCCCCCGCCUCCUCCGACACGUGACGAUAUCCGUAAGACUAAUAGCUUUUCUGAAAAGUCCGCCCCGUCUAAGGACUUGGUGACGCCCGGCAGAGGUGCUAAACCGAGCUGGAAAUAGAAUUAAAACACAGAAGAACGACAGACUUUGAUGUGAAAUGAUCUUCUUCCCCUUCUACAGUGAUUUUUCCUCAAAUCAUGCAAAAGCCAGGAAUCUGAAAGAGCUCUCUCACCACUCGGUUCCACCUCUAGCUGAUUCUGUAUCAGGUUUAUCAAUUGCAAAGAGCAAGAUGCAAUGAACUGCUCCACAUGUUCCUGUUAUGUUGCUGUUGAUUUCACAACUUCCUUUAUUUUCUGAGGGGGGCUAUAACUAAACUGACAAAUGGCAAAUUGGUGUUUUUGCACCCUCUUUGCCUGCUUAGCCGUCUAUUUACUGUAUAUGCUCGUGUCUGUGAUGCCGUGGAUGUCGAACACUACUGAAUAUAUGAUGCUGCUAAUUAGCUCUGACAAUUUUGAGACUGAGUUUCAAUGUCCUCUUUCAUUCAGGGUUAUCUUGCUGCUGUUAUGGUGUCUUUUAGUUUUGUUGUGUCUUCCUGUAGAGUAUCGCUCUGUUUUUCUUUUUUUUUUCUUUGCUUGAUACCUCAGAGAGUUCGCAGUGGCCUUGUACCAGCAGAAGAAGUAGAACAUGUUAAUUUGGCUCUGCAUGAUGAAGAUGUAGAUCUGACAAAUUGGUUUAAACUGCAAUGUCACUUUUUACAAAUCCCUGGUAUAUUAAUAUUACUACAAUAUAUAAAAUCACAGAUUAUAAGCCAGUGUAUUCCAACUGUGGUACUUGUUGUACCUUGUGUAUCUAUGUGUCUGUAGUUUGUAAAUGUGUUAGAACUCCUCCAUAAUAUCGUGGAGUAGAUGUGCACGUAGGAAAAUUCCCUGUAGGCUAAAACACGAUCAACGCUAAUGCUCUGAAAGAAAAGCACUGAAUGCGUCUGAAACACUGAAAUAAUCAUCAGUCAUGUGAUUAUUUUGA